UGUACAAUUUCUAGUGCAGGAAUUGGCCAAGAAUUUCUUGGCUUAGUCGCUUGUGGGAUUAUUAAUGGAGCAGUUGGGGUUUUGAAUGCCAACCUUGCAGGGAAAGGGUUGGAUGAUGCAAGCCUCUCUAAAAAGUUCGGAAGGAUGUUUUCAGCUGAAAGCACGCACAACGACGAUAGGCAGGCAUGAAGGAUCCGACAUCGUCCUGCAGGUUUCCCUGCUGACUGCCUGCUGCCAGUCCGCAGGUGUAGCAGAUCAUCACGCAGCCCUCCAGUUUGCUGCCUGGGAUAACAGCUUCAUCCUUCAGGACUUCAACUCCCUCCACGGCACCUUCGUCAACGGCUGCCAGGUCCAAAACGCGGCCGUGAAAGUGAGGUCAGGGGAUAUCCUGCGCUUCGGCAAGGGGGGACCAUCCUUCCAGUUGGUGGUGGGUGACCAGAUGUCCUGUCCUCCUGUGCAACGUCGCACAGCGUGGACUGGGCAGCUCCAGUUGGUUGCAGAGUCCAAACCUUCAACCCCUGGAGCUCAUCCCCACCUCCCCUCGCUGCCGUGGCAGCAUCCCCUUGGCUGUCCCAGCACGAGGGCUUCCAGAGCAGUCGGCUGUGUACCCCAUCCACCACAGCAGAAGCGACCCGUGAGUGCCUGUGUUAGGAGCGUGGCCACCGCUAUCCCACUGGACACUUUCAGUAGGACCUCUGCGGUGAGGACAGUCUCAACCGAUGUUUCGGGCAGUAGUGGGAGCACUGUUUGGGGAGCCCCUUCCCAGGGGACUCACGAUGUGAAAUUCCUCCCGCAGAAGAAGGGUGAAAAGCUUCUACAAGUGGAGAAGGAAAUCGGUCACCUCUCUGGUUUGGAAACAGAAUCGAAGCAGAAAGAUGCAACGAUAAGAAAUCUGCAGGAUGAGAUUGCAGCCAUGGCAAAGACCCUGGCUCAGGCAGCGGCAAGGAACGAGGUAGAGCUGACCCAGAAGCUGCUCACCUUCGACCGAGAGCUGGCAGCCAAAACGGAGGCAAUCAAAGCCUUGAAGGAACAGAUCAGCAGCCUGCAGAAAGGCUCGAGCCAGGUUUUCAGCCAUUCGCUCUAUGAAAGAGACCUGGAGAUUGGAAGGCUGCAGAAAGAAAGUGAGAAGUUGAAGAGGGACCACGCUUUGACUGCAGGUCUAGUGAGCAGCCUGCAAAGGGAGAUCGUUGGGAAGGAGCAGAAAAUAGAGCAACUCCAGCAAGACGUUGAAAAGAUGAAGAAGGCAAACAGAGAAAAGGACAACCAGCUAGCAAUUGUAUCUGCUAAGUGCUCUAGAAUUAAAGAGGAAAUGAAGCGUGAACUCGGAGAACAAGAAGUAAUUGAGUGCCGAAAUCGCAUCAAGGAGCUGGAAUGUGACCUGGAGAGGCUGCAGGGGGAGGUCCAGAAGUAUUGUGCCGAGCAGGAGAGCAUUCGAAACCAGUUGGCCGAGAAAGCCAAGGCUGAGGAGGAGCUGAAAGAAGCCUGUGCCAGGCAAGCUCUGCAGCUGCAGGAGAUGGGGCGCAGGGAGCGCCUGCUGCGAGCGGACAUGGGGCGGGCCAAGGAGCAGCUGAAGUCUUUCAAAACCCGAGUGAUGCAAGUCUGUUCUCCAGCAGCAGUGGGAGCUGCAGGGAAAGCCAUAACAGAGCAGCAGGUGAUAGAGAAAGUUAAGAACAUCUCAGAAGAAAGCCAACAAAGCCAUGAGAGAGAGAGGCGUCUGCAGGAGGAAUUAAGCUCCAAGCUCUCAAAGGAAAAGGAGGUGUCUGAAAGUGUUGAGGUGUUCAAGAAAUCCCUGUGUGAGCUCCAGGCUUGCCUGAGGAGCUCCUGCAGCAGUGACAGCCUGCGCGGGGAGCUGGAGAGGAUGGAGGCGGUGUGCCUGGACCCCUCUAUCUCAGCCAUCAGGGUGGCAGUGGUGGAAAUGGCCCAUGUGCCCCUGUCCUGGCUGGAGGGCACAGAGCAGCUCCUGGUCAGCGCAGGGAUGGAUCCAUCCACCUCCAGCAAAGGGUUAUUGAUGGCUCUCAAGAGAUUGUUGGAAAGCACUCAGGAAACCGCACAGAAGAACCAGAUGUUACAGGGCCAAUUAGAGAGGGUGCAGGAGUCGCAGGCAGCGUUGCUGCAGCAGAAAAUGAAGGAGCUGGAAGCGAAACAUGAGCAAGAUCUACAGAUGAAAAUAAAUCAAAUUAUAUUGGAAAACGAUAAGAAGAACCAAGAGAUUCUGCAGAGCACUCUCGCCAAGGAGCAGGACAAGUACAGGCAAUCUGUGGAGGAAGAAAAGAAGAAGAUCCAAGACCUGGAGAGCCAGCUGAGAAGCAUGACUGAGGUGAUCGCAAUGAAGUCAGAAGAGCAGGAGGUUACAGGCUGCAAACUGAGAGAAGCUGUGCACAACCUGGAAGAAGCCACAAUGCGAGAGAUGACGUUACAACAGCAGGUACUCAUGCAAGACGAGCAGCUCAAGACCUUUCAGGAGGAGAAGGAGUUUCAGAGGCAGAAACUGCAGGAAGAAAUAGCAGGAUAUAAAGAGCAAAUCAAGCAGCAUUCUCUGACAAUUGUGGCUUUAGAGGACAGGUUGCGGGAGGCCAAGCAGCAGCAGAAGACACUGGAGGAGGAAAAUGCAGCACUCAUGGAAAAAAUGGAAGGGUUUCAGGGUGAUGUCCACAAGUCGACAUCGAGCGCUUCGCUGGAGGUUUGUCCUGCCACUGAGUCACACGCGUGUCUCUGGAAACUCAGGGAGGAGCUGGCAGCAGCGCAGAGCAUGCUCCUGUCCAAGGAGGUCAUCAUUGCCGGACUAACCAAAGAGCUCGCAGAAACCAGAGCCAGAAUGUCAGACAUGAGAGGGGAGCUGAGCGAGGAGCAGAAGGUGGAACUGGAGCAGAACCUGAGGCGGGUGAAAUGCCUAGAGCGAGAACUCAACCUGCUCAGAGAGAAGCUAUCCCAGAUGUCUAGCCUCGCGGAGAAAAAGGAUCAAGCCCUGCAAAGAGCAACUGAAGAGUUAAGGCAAGCCCAAACACAGUGCCAAGCGCUGAAGGAUACUUCCCGAGGAACAGUGGAAAAGCCAGAGGAUGCUCCUGGGGCACCAGUGCCCAUGGAUGAAGCCUCUAAGAGGGAGCCGGCGUUGGACUUGGCCAAACUUGGAGUGAAAUGCCGAGGCCUCAGGCAUGAGGAAACAAUCCAGCGUCAGAAAGAAGGCUUGGUCGAGCUCCGGGAAAGAAUAAAGAUGCUGGAGAAGAAGCAGUUCUCAGUUGUCAUGGAGAAGGGUUUGGAGCCACUGGUGGUCCUGACGAAAGAUUUACCAAAGAAAAUAGUCCAGGAAACAAGUCUCAAAAAGGAACCUGCACACGUGUUGGGAACAAAACUGAAGGCCAGCAAGGUUCCUAAUGGAGGCUCACCUGGGGCUGCUGACGGGGCAGACUUCAGCGAGAAGAUGUACCUUGACGUAAUUGGUGCUCUGGGAAGCCUGAUGAAGGUGGAGGAGCUGUCAGGAAUGCAGUCUCUGAAGCAACUUCCUCGGGAGGAGAGGGAGAAAGCAGGACUGCAGAGGCGGAAAGACCUGGAGCUGCUGUACGAUAAAAUCAGGAACCUCAAGAGAAGCUUGGAAAGAAAAGAAGAAAUGCUGAAAGAUUAUGAGGCCAAUGUGGAGCAGCUCAGGCUGAGCCAAGCAUCCCUGCGAAGGUGCCAGGAGGAGAUGUCCAAACUAGAAGAUGAAGCCUACAGGGAGGCAGAAGAGAAGGCUCUGUUGAAAGAGGCCCUGGAGAGGACGAAGCUUCAGCUGAGCCAGGAGAAGAGGCUGCUACAAGCAGUCAAGCUGCAUAAGCCUGGAGCCAAGAAGCUGUUGCGCUCAGGAAAGCUGACGCCCAAAGAACACACAGCAGAAGCUGUCAAGAUGGGAAGGACAUAGGAGAGGCACCCCAAGGGCCUUUGCUCCUGUGUUCUCCAGUCCCCGUGGUGUCACGGGAGAAGUUGGGGCAUAAGGCACGAUGUGGUAUGGAAAUGCAGCACCCCAGGAAUGCCAGAUGGCGGUGCUGACUGGAACCAUGAUGAGUUACAGGAAGGGAAGAAGAGGAGCUGCUGGUCACACUGGUUUGGUACAGCAACGGCAUGAGAAUGAGCCUGGGGAGACAAGAGCACAGUCCUUGAACGUUGGGAUGGGGCAACGGCACAGGCUCCGUUCAAUGGAAACCUACUGCCACUAUUGUUGUUAUCACAGCCAGGUUGGAUGGGGCUUUGAGCCCCCUGAUCCAGUGGGAGGUGUCCCUGCCCAUGGCAGGGGGUGGAACUGGAUGUCCAAUCACUGGAACAGCUGCCCAGGGAGGUGGUGGAGUCACCUUCCCUGGAGGUGUUUAAGGAACGGGUGGAUGAAGUGCUUAGGGACAUGGUUUAAGGGAGUGUUGGGAAUGGUUGGACUCAAUGAUCCAGUGGGUCCUUUCCAACCUGGUGAUUCUAUGAUUCUAUGAUUCUAUGAUCUUGAAGGUCCCUUCCAACUCAAACCAUUCUAUGAUUCUAUGAUCAAGAGUGAGAGCAGAUCCUGCGUCCUGGGGAGCGUUUUGGGGAGGGGGGUCUACAGGGAACAAGCAGCUCCAGCGCACGUCUCCCUGCACCCGCUCUGCCUUGGCAUCACUCCGGGCAGGCUGCGCUGAGCUCUUUUCAGCCGAGGAUAAUUCGGAAGUGAACAAAACCCUGAGGGGGUUUUGGGGUUUCAUUUUUAAUAGGAUAAAAAAAAAAAGAGUCUGAAAGCAGCACGGAGGGGCUGACGCAAGAAUCACAUCAUCCGCAGGCGUGCGGCCAGGCAGAGCCUCCCGGGGGGCUGCCGGGCAUCCACGGGCACACAACGGCCGCUGCCCAAUCCCUGGCUGUGCCGCAGGGCUCUGGUUAGAGAAUCAUAGAAUCAUUUGGUUGGAAAAGACCUCUGAGAUCAUCAAGCCCAACUGUCCACUAUCAAAUCAUCCCUGAGCUAUGGACCUGGCCAUCUGCGUGCUGGCCUGGGCUUAUUUUGGGGCAAGAUGUGACCCUGUAUGCCUACGUGCUGCGAGGCUGUCAUCCAUGCUGUGGGCAUCAUUAGGGUUGGAAAAGGUUAGAACAGCCUUCCAGUCCUGAAAGGGACACCAGGAAAAGUGGGGAGGGACUCUUGAACAGGGAGUGCAGGGACAAGUCGAGGGGUGAUGUUUUUUAAGCUGAAAGAGGGGAGAUUGAGAUGAGAUUUUAGAAAGAAAUGGUUUCCUGCGAGGCUGGGGAGGCCCUGGCACGGAGAAGUGGUGGCUGCCCCAUCCCUGGAGGGGUUCAAGGCCAGGUUGGAUGGAGCUUGGAGUCCCUGAUCCAGUGGGAGGUGUCCCUGCCCGUGGCAGGGGGUGGAACUGGAUGGGCUUUGAGGUCCCUUCCAACCCCAACCAUUCCAUGAUUCUACGAUCAUCAAGUCCAACCAUCAGCCCAACACUUCCGUGGACUUCUCUGGGACGUUUAU